UCGGGUUGAAUAACGUAAAUGAAGUAGUUCAAUAAAGUAGUAGUUUACUCACGUUUAAACGGUUGUAGUAGUUCAAAUAUACUUAUCAUCUAAAGAUGAAUUAACUACAUAAAUAUUCACAUGCGUAGUUUUCGCCGUAAUUUCAAAAUAUGGAUACGGGAGGCUCAAAGAAAAUGCGACCCAGGGAGCUCCCACCUCUUCCACAGCGAGGGCAGCGAUCACUUCCCACAAUGCCGAGUCAAGACCCAGCUGGAGAAGUACCUGCAGCCAAACAGAAGAAGAAGAGGGUGAGGAAGGAGACAAAUGGAGUGGAUGAUAUGGACGAUCAGGGGAUGGAAAUGGGGGGCCUGGGCAGCCGGAGGGAAUCUGAGAUCGGAGAGCAGCUUACCUUUGAAGCCACGACAGACGCACCCCCACAGAGGAGGAAGAAGAAGAAGAAAGCUGCCACUAUAGAUCUUGAAGACGACCAAGCCGACAUGGUGAACGGAGACGCAGCAGAUCAGACCACUGAUGGAGAAGAAGUGGUCAGAAAGCCCAGAAAGAAAAAGAAGUCAAAAUUGGUCGAAUCGCAGCUUCCUGACGAGUUGGCCGUCGAAGAGGAUGACAUCAUCACCAACACCCCUCCUCCUAUCCCCCAGCAUGCCCUGUUCUCGGCCCCGCAGGGUCAGAGCCAGCCGGUGGGGAAAGUCUUCGUGGAGAGGAACAAACGUUUCCAGGCUGCCGAGCGCUCAGACUGGAGGAAGACCAGCGACCAGAUGGAUCCCAUCGCGGACUUCCAGCACCUUCAGCCUCUCCAGACCACCAGAGACGUUUCACUCAGAGUGCACGAAGCCUUCAGGGUGUUCGGCCUGUAUUGUCAUGGCUUCCUGGCGGGCUACGCCGUGUGGAACGUCGUGGUGGUGUACAUGUUAGCCGGGCAGCACCUCACCGCUCUGUCCAACCUGCUGGAGCAGUACCACGGCCUGGCGUACCCCUCCCAGUCUCUGCUCUACAUGCUGCUGGCCAUCAGCACAGUGGCCGCCUUCGACAGAGUGAACUUGGCCAAAGGCUCCAUGGCUCUGCGGGAUUUCAUCACGCUGGACCCCGUCGCUCUCGCCUCGUUCUUGUAUUUCUCAGCGCUGAUCCUCUCUCUGAGCCAGCAGAUGACAAGCGAUCGAAUCAACCUCUACCCAUCCUUCAACACGACAUUAUGGCCACCAGGGUCGGAGCACCAGAUUCUGCACCCAUGGGUGACCAUCAACCUGGUGGUGGCUCUGCUGGUGGGGCUGGCCUGGAUCUUCAUCGCCACCAGACCUGAGAUAGACUACACUGAGCGUUAUCUGAUGACCAUGGAGAUUGAGCCUCCAAAACCAGAGGACAAAUCCGAAAUGACUGCAUGAGAAAAUCUCAUUCACAUAUUGUACAGCUUUGUUGUCAUUUUGCACAUAUUUUGAUCUGUAAUCCAGCAAUGAACUCUGCAUUGUAGAUUAUUUUUGUAUUUUUGAAAUGUGAAUGUGAUCGUCUCUUUUUAAAUAGAGUUUUAUCCC